AAACAUUUUGAAUUAAAAAACCUAGUUGCCGGAAAAAUGAGGAAUAUGGUUCUACUUUUAGUCGUUGUUUGCCUAAUACCAUCGGCAUUUAGCGCUGUUCAAGAGGAUCAAUUCAGUCCUACUUUGGUUUCGAUAUAUAAAGAUUGGACACAAAGAUGUAAGAUGUAUACUGGUACGACAGAAGAUCUUAUUAAGCAAUCUCGUGAAGGGAAUUUCCCAGAAGAUGACUCCAUUAAGAGAUAUACCGAUUGCGUUUGGACACAUCACAACUAUCUGAUUAGUCCGGAUAGAAGCAUCGAUGAACGUAAACUCAAAUAUCUAUUGCCCAAGGGAUCGGAACCUAUUAUAGAAGCUAUCAAAAAAUGUACUGCAGAUAAUUCAGGAGAAACUGAUGAUAAAGAGUUUUAUUGGAAGAUGCACAAGUGUUAUCAUGCUAACGUAGAUUCAUCGAUGUAUUAUUUCCUGUAAUCUGUCAUGGAGAAGAUAUACUGAGCUGAAAUAAUGGAAAUGAUAUUGUAAUAUAAUAUUUGUUCUGAAUAAAAAUAAUUGUAUGAG